AAAAUAUGAAUAAGUUUUAUUUUCUGAAUCCGAUGGCGACGUGAUGGCCAUAGUUUAUCUACUUUAACCGAACUUCCUCGUUAUCAAAUCAAUUCAAAAUCAAUAGUCACUUUAUUUCUUCUACCCACUCUCAUCAUUCUGAGCCAUUCCAUUUUCGAAGAUCAAAAUGGAACCUCAUAACCACCAUCUUCAUGUUGAUGUUGAUGUCUCUUCAUCUGAAAUCGGUUCUGAGCAUUACGGGUGCUCGCAUUAUAAAAGAAGAUGCAAAAUCUUAGCGCCGUGUUGCAAUGAAAUUUUCGAUUGCAGACAUUGCCAUAACGAAUCUAAGAAUUCGAUUCAUCUUCAUUCUGAACAUCGCCACGACAUUCCUCGCCAUCAAGUUAACAAGGUCAUCUGUUCCUUGUGUAGCACAGAGCAAGAUGUUCAACAAGUUUGCAUUCAAUGCGGUGUUUGCAUGGGUAGAUACUUCUGCUCCAAAUGCAAGUUCUUUGAUGACGAUGUAUCGAAGAAACAAUACCAUUGUGAUGAAUGUGGCAUAUGCAGAACUGGAGGCAAAGAGAACUUUUUCCACUGUAACAAAUGUGAAUGUUGCUAUUCAUCGUCGAUGAAGGAUUCACACCAUUGUAUAGAAAAAGCAAUGCAUCACAAUUGCCCGGUUUGCUUUGAGUUUCUUUUCGAUACAACAAAAGACAUCACUGUAUUGCCAUGUGGUCACACCAUACAUUUGGGAUGCGUGAGAGAAAUGCAACAGCAUUUCCAGUAUUCAUGCCCUGUUUGUUCAAAAUCUUUUUGUGAUAUGUCGCGUGUGUGGGAGAAAAUGGAUGAGGAGGUUGCAUCAACACCUAUGCCUGAAAUGUAUCAAAACAAAAAGGUUUGGAUUCUAUGCAACGACUGCGGUGAAACAUCUGAAGUAAGAUAUCAUAUUGUGGCACACAAGUGCCUUAGAUGCAAGUCCUACAACACCAGAAAGACGCAAUCUGCAUCGUGCUUGUCAAGGAUGGAGGAGAUGGUUGAAUGAACGACUCUUAAGAUUAAGUUCGUGAUGCUUAUUUGAAACAGGUGUUGAAUAUUUCAAUGUGAUUUCGUUCUUGCGAGAACAAAAGCAAUCGUGCAGAAUAAUCAGCCUCUAAGGAUAUAUAAAACAGAGAUGAAAGCUUAUUGUUAAACUUGCAUGAAUGCAAUUGCAAGGUUAUCGUUUAUGAGACGAGUGCUGACUGCACGAGGUUACUGCAGAUUUGGGUCAAACUUAAUGUACUUGACAAAAUUCAAAUUGUGAUGAUGUGCUAAUUGCGUAGUGAAUACAAUUCACUGUCUCCUCAAAUGCCUAAUCCUAGCACAAAGAACUUAAUCCUCGCGCGCACAAUUUUUCUCAGACAUGAGAUUUGAAUUUCUUUAAAUAACAAUUUGAUUUUGGGCU